CAAAACACCCUCUAUCCCACAUAACACCUAGGUGCUCCACUACCAAAACAGCGCGCAAAGCCAUUGUUCUCUUUCGGCCCUAUUGAUCCCCUUGGUCAAGGCCCUCGCAUUCAGCUUCCACCUGGUGUUUCCACAAGAUACGUGAGAGUAGUGUAGAACCGCAGUCCCCGAUGAUAUAUCCCUCCUCUGCAAAGCAACUAUGUCACCAUCCACACCUACCAUAUCCCCUCAAACAACUUCACAAACCACUACGAUGGAAACGCCCCCAGCAUCAUCACCCACCUCCUCCUUCCCCCUCCUCCCGACCAUCAGCCUCAUCCUCUCCUGCCUCUUCUGCCUCUACCGCCUCCAAGGCCCCAUCCGCACCUGCUACCGUCGUAUCCACGCCCGACACAGCGGACGCAAUGAAUACGCUCGUCUCGCCACAGUGGAAAAUGGGUAUGUCUCCUGCCCUGCAGCCCUCUCAGGAGUCCGAGCCCGAUUCCAGAGUCUCGUUACAAGAUCCCUCCCCGCCUCAUCGGAGUCAAUUGUGGUACUUGGGCUGUACAAGAACUAACACCCUCUCCAGCCCAUCAUCACCACCACGAUCACCCAACCGACCUCUCCCCGAACACCCCACGCCUGGCAGAACAGAUGAUCUCCCCCCCACCCCGCUGAGCAAAUACUUCGAUCCGCAGACCGCCCUCCUCUACGCCGAUGUCUUCGAGCGGCGGACGAGUCCGCCUAUCUUGCGGGACCUGGAGGUGGAAGUGGAGGGGAAGGUGGAGGGGGAGGUGGGAUUAGGGCGGCGGCAGCAGCAGCAGCAGCAGCAGCAGCGGGGCGAUAGCGAUAGUAAUGACGACGCCGGGGUUGGGGUUGGGGUUGGGGUUCUUGCGGAAUGGUUUGAGCGGUUGGUGGAGGGCGUGGUGCGGUAUUAUGAGGGGUUGGUUUGGGGGAAGAAACUAGAUAGAGAUGUGGUUGCGGGGAUGGACGGUGCGGCACAGUAUGUAAGUAGAGUUGACGUGAAGGUGGAAUCGAGGCAGGGAGGCCCGCCAGAAGAAUAAAAAAAAGCGGUGUGAACGCGGUGAAUCGGAUCUGAUGAGUCGCGUUUUGGAGGUCAGGAGUAAAACGGGGUUGUGCGGCCUGGAAACUUUCUUCCCAUGCGGGAUGCAAGCCACGGAU